UUAGUUCCCCAGAUUAAUAAUUACGCUCAUCAUCUCAAUUUCCAUACUAAAUUUGCUCCUCCUUCCUCACUAACCUGCCACUUUCUCAGCUCUGUCUCUCUCUUUCGAGAACAAUCCGAAAUUCUCGAACUGAUCAAACAAAAAAAUGGCACGAGGCACCUCACAGUCUCAAGCCGCCUCCGGCCCCACCUCGCGUCCUGGUAUGGUGGCGCCCCGUGGCUCUGCUGCAGCCACUGCUGUCCAGCGCCGCCGCAGACUCGGCGGUGGAUCCUCUAACGCUGGUGCCUCCGGCAACGUUGGCGGUGGCUCCAGUAGUAACAUGCUGAGAUUCUACACUGAUGACGCCCCUGGGCUAAAGAUCUCGCCCACGGUCGUCCUUGUCAUGAGCCUUUGCUUCAUUGGCUUCGUCACCGCUCUCCACGUCUUCGGCAAGCUCUACCGCUACCGAUCGGCUCCCGGAGCCUGAAAUUUAAUGGAUUCGGGUUUUAGUCUGGGAUCCUGUUAUUUCGGAGCCUUUUCAGCGAUCCUUAGUUUAAAGACAAUGUCUGGCGUGGCUCCUGUAAAGUUCCCAUUUUAGUUCUUUCGAGUUUUAAUUACUCCGUUCCUUUUUUCUUUUUUCUUUUUCUAAUUUGGAGACUGGAUUGAAGAGGAAUUUAUCUGCUUUAAUGAGUUAUGGGAUAUGGUGACAAAAUUUUUCUUCGAUUUUUAGAAGAAAAAUGUUAUGUUUGAAUGUGAAUGGUAUUAGUGUUGAUAUAAACUGCGUAGUGAAAUUGAGGAUGAA